UCGGAAGGGGUCAACGGCGCCGGCGAGCCCCCUCCCCCUCCCCCUUCCCCCCUCUCCCCCUUCCCUCCUCUCCUCGAGGUGGCGACGGCGAGGUGCCCCCGCCCCGCUGUCUUCCCCUUCUCCGGCGGCUCCCUGCAGCCGGAUCCACCACCACCGGUUGCCGCCGACGCCAGCUCACCGCCCUUCUCCAUUCCCGUGGCUUCGGCGCCGCCGCCGCCGCCUCGCAGCCUGCCGGAGUCCACCGCCCACCGCCAGUCCUCCGCCGCCCACGGGCAUCCCUCUAAGCCCCGAGGAAACCCCCCUCUUCCCCCUCCCCCAACCCCCCUCCUACCCUCACCCCAACCCCAAACCCUAACCCGUCGGAGUUGGGGUGUCGCCGGCGCCGGAGAAGAAGGGGAGCCCGCCGGAGUUGGAGGAGAGAAGCCGAUGCACGAGAAGGCAUGGAUCCAAUGGUCCAAAAUCCGAUAUUUUGAUCCUUUAUGAAAAAGGAACAAUAAUACCCAAAGUCAAAAGUUCAAUUAUAUAUAGAAAGGAACAGUGCAUGAAAUUCUAUAUUUAAAAUAUCCAUUUCUAAUUCUACACUACCGGAAAUAUAGAAACCGCCUUGCUAGUUGCUAUAUUAUCUCUCAACACUAAACGCAGCACUCCACCCCACACUCGCCCAGAAAACCGCCUCCCCUCCCGCCUUCCAUUCCUCCUCCAAACCCUAACAAUCCCAAUCCCCGCCGCGGCGCGCGACGCGAUGCCGUCCUCCUCCCGCCGCCGCCGAGGCCAUCACGGCAAUCGCCGCCGGGGCCGCGGCUCGGGGGCACCGAAGGCGUAGGCGGCGAGGAACUGGGCGGAGCUGCCGCCGGCCGCGAUCUCGGCCGUCCUCGGGGGGCUCGACCACGUCGACAUCCUCACGGGCGCCGGCCAGGUGUGCCGCUCCUGGCGCCGCGCGGCCCGCGACGAUCCGGGCCUGUGGCGCCGCGUCGACAUGCGCGGCCACGCCAACGCCGACGCCAAGCGGGGGGUGAACCUCCACGGGAUGGCGCAGGCCGCCGUCAAGCGCAGCGCGGGGCGGUGCGAGGCGUUCUGGGGCGAGUCGGCCGGAAGCGACCGCUUCCUCCUCUUCCUCGGCCGCGCAGCACCAGGUCUGAAGAGCCUUCGCCUCAUCUCUUGUUAUGAUGUCUCUAACAAAGGGUUUGGAAAAGCAAUAAAGAAGUUCCCUCUGCUUGAGGAGCUGGAGCUUUCACUCAGUCCAAAUGUUUUUGGGACAGAUGUGUUCAGGACUGUUGGAAAAUCAUGUCCACAGCUUAAGCGCUUCAGACUGAGUCAACAUGGCUUUCACAGUUUCGAAGACUCGCACGAUGAUGAUGAAGCCCUGGGGAUAGCAACUAUGACUCAGCUACGCUCCCUUCAGAUUUUCGGCAAUACCAUCACCAAUGAAGGAUUGGAAGCCAUCCUUGACAACUGCCCCCAUCUUGAAUCCCUCGACAUACGCCACUGCUUCAAUGUCUUCAUGGAUGACACCCUGCGAGCGAAGUGCGCCAGAAUCAAAGCACUGAGGCUCCCCGAUGACUCAAUCGAUGACUAUGACUUGCAGGUUUUCAGCCCUGUUUUUGCAGAUUCAGGCAAUUCCUCUGAUGACAUGGAUGACGGUUACAUGGUUCCCGGCCUUCACUGCGUCGUGUUCUCGGAGGAGAAUGAAUGCUUUGAUGAUGAUAUCAACGAGGACGAGCUGGAUGAUGAAGCCAGGAUGAUGCUCAAUGGCCUGCGUGCGCUCCUGAUGUGAAUUCCAUCCAAGUGUGGAGCCAGGAAGUGAAGUGCUUAGAUGCUCGCCUUUUUCGCUCAACUCUCUGAAGCUCGCGUUGCAUGUCCCAUGUCUGUCAAUUGAUAGUUUGAACCUAUGGUACUCCAGUUCUCAGAAAGUACCGGCAGUCUUUUACUCGGUAGUAGUUUUCAUAUUGCUUGAGGACGAUAUUCAAGCUCAUAUUAGUUUCGUUAAGGCUUAAAAGACAAUAUUCAGGUACUUAUAUUGGUCAGUAUUAAUUUUCAGUUCCCUGGUCGAUACCUUCAUUGA